AAAUUCUUGAAUGGCUCUACCGAUCAUGCGUCUCUCUUCUCCCAACAGGGCAAGAAAGGUCCUAACCAGGACGCCAUGAUUGUUUGGGAGAAUUUUGGGUCAAUGGAGGACACUGUAUUUUGUGGUGUAUUUGAUGGACAUGGUCCUUACGGUCACGUUAUCGCAAAGAGAGUAAGGGAUUUGCUUCCGCUCAAAGUAGGCUCUCACUUGGAGUCCUAUCUCUCCUGCGAGGAGGUUCUUAAAGAGAUCAGCCUCAACACUGCUGACAGAAUGACCUCUGACAGCCUUGUGCAAAUAUCUGCUAAUGGUGAAUCCCGAGUCUACAACAAGGAUCAGGAUAUGGUUCAGAUGCUGUUGACCUCGAUUGUCAAAGCCUACAGAUUCAUGGACAAGGAAUUGAAGAUGCAAGUGGAUGUUGAUUGCUUUUGUAGUGGUACUACUGCAGUUACUAUGGUUAAGCAGGGUCAACAUCUUGUUGUUGGAAACAUUGGGGAUUCAAGAGCAGUAUUGGGUACGAGGAAUAAAGAGAAUAAACUUGUUCCUUUUCAGUUAACUGAAGAUCUCAAACCAGAUGUUCCAGCUGAAGCAGCAAGGAUAAAGAGAUGCAACUCACCUGGUCUGGCCAUGGCGCGUGCUUUUGGAGAUUUUUGCUUUAAGGACUUUGGUCUCAUUUCUGUGCCUGACGUGUCCUACCGACGCCUCACUGAGAAAGAUGAAUUUGUUGUCUUGGCAACUGAUUGGGUAAGAGAUAUCACACUGUCAAUGAAAUAGUAUUAGUAAAAAGUCCAAUAGUUCUGAAUAAAUGCAUAUAAUAGAGGUACAAAACUAUUUGGUCUCUUAAGUGUGUUCUUGAAACUUUGCUAGAUAUGGGAUGUAUUGACGAAUGAAGAAGUUGUGGAGAUUGUAGCGAAAGCACCAACACGUUGCACAGCUGGUCGAGCCUUGGUGGAAGCUGCAGUGAGGAAUUGAAGAUGGAAGUUCUCCACUUCAAAAGUCGAUGACUGCGCUGUAGUUUGCCUCUUCCUUUGACUCGAAACCAGACAAAUUAUCAACUGCUUCUUUCUCAGUGGAUAAACACAUCAGCAAUGGCCUUACUGAACCUGAUACAACAUCAACGUCAACUCCAGGCUCGGGAACCAAAUCACCUCACACUCGUGACAACCAAAGAGUACGGAGAUAGAACAGAGGCAGGAGGUGAAAAUGUGAGAUUAGACUUUGUCUAUCUCUCUUGUCUAUCUCUCUCUCCCUUUCAGUUUUUUUAGUCUCUAAAUGUCUCUUAUGCUCUAUGUUCCCGUCAAAAGUCACUGUUUGUAUAUAUAACAAUGCCAAUACUUUUGCUACAGUCUCUCUUUUUUUUUCCUUUUUUUUGUAAAUAAAUUUCUGAAGCCGCAUUUCUGUUUGUUUGAGCAAUUUUUAUAUGUUAGAAAUCGCAUCUGUUUUUUAGACCAAAAGUGCUGUUUAGAGUGUUUGCCCUGCUUUUGUGCCUUUAAGGCUUUAUUUUGGUUUGGAUGCUGAGAGGCACAUAAAUCCAAGGCAAGAGUCCUUGAAUCUUGAUCCUUCCUCAGAUAACAUCAGAGUUUCAGAAGAACUGAUAAAUAGUGAAUCUAAAAUGUGGCAUGCCAAUGAAUCUUUUUCAAAUAGUUGUAAAUCAGAUGAUCAAUCUAUACCGACUUUAAAUUUUUUGACCCAGUUUAAUUAUAAGAGACCCUAAAUUUUCUCUAUUUAUUAGAAAUUUCAUGACCCUUUUAACAGAGGCUUAUGGAGUGGUGAAUUAUUUCCGGAAUGACAUCGGAACCACCUACAAUAGCCACCAUGAAAGAAAAGUCAUUAUAGCCACCUAAAAAGGAGAAGAAACACAUCAAAUAUGUUUUGUAAGAAGAAGAAUGGAUGAUAAAAUCAGUGAAUUUUGAAGCCAAACUAUAGGGUAAGUUCUUCACUCAUAUGUCUAUCUAUAGCCGAAAACGGAUCUUCAUUUAUAACUUUGGUUUAAGAGUUAUGAUCAUUUCUCCAAAACUGAUCAAUACAGAUCGGAUCAGUGAACAAUCAACUUCAUGAGCGAUUUCUUGUCAAUCUAAAAGGGACCAAAGGGUGAUCUAGGUGUCUUUGGGAAUAUCUCACUAUCAUCUACUCCAAAAUAAAUUUCAUUUAUAAUAUUAUAUCGUCAAAUUAGUUAAAUAUAUGGUCACACUGUAGUGCUAAGUCAAUAAUAUCAUAUAUAUUAAGUGGAUGACGUAACAUACAAAUUUUUUGGGUUUUUUUACUAUAUGUUUUUGUAUAUAUCAUAUUUAUUUUUAUUUAUAAUUUAUUAAUAAUAGAUAUAAAACAAUAUUGUUGUAUUCUACGCUAUGUAAUCAUCAUAGGAAAAUACAUCAAUAAUCUAUUACUAUUAGUAAAAAUAUAUUUGUAUACACUUUAAAAAUAUAUAUAAUAUCAUAAAUGAAAUUUAUAUAACUCAUUUUCUUACAAUAAAAUAAAUAAAUUAUUAAAAAAUAGAGUUUAUCUGUCUUUUAUAUUUUAAGGUCUACGUUCAUCUUUACUAAUUUAUGUUUUCGUAUUUCUUAAUUAGAUAUAUUACUGCAUGUGAGUCGUCGUGGCGGAUUCUUGCUUUUCCUACACAUUUUUGUACUACUGCUGUAGAGAAACUUGGAUUUCAUCUUCCGGAUCAGGAGCUGGUGUUUUUUUUAUGAAGAUGAACCUAUUGAGAGUAUUCUCAACAAAAAGACUAUCAACCAAUCCAUGUUUUUGGCCUGGUUCAUAGCAAACAAAAAAAUACCCAGAGGUAAGAGAGUUGACAUUUGUAACUAUUUCCAACAAAAUUUGUUUGGAAAUCAGGUACGAGAGAAUGGGUACCACGGAGACAAGGCUUUGCGAUAGGGAGGAUUACGCAUAUUCAUCCAAAAUAUGUUGUCUACAAACAAGUUUUUCAGAAUAUUCCGUAGUCACGGUACGUAAUUUUAAUCUACUUUUUUUUUUCAAAUACAAAUUUUAAAAUAUAUAAACUGUUCCAAUUAUUUAUUUUUUGUAUU